AUGGUGCGCAAUUCGGAUAAAAAGCGUAAAGUUUCGAAAUUCAAUGCCAGAAAUGAGACAUCUGUGGCAGUCGUGCUUUUCCAUACCUCAGGACUAAAAAAUAGCAAAAUAGACGACAUGAGAUUCUCUUGGCUGUUUGCGAGAGUAACAAGUUGGUGGUUCUUACGCUCUGCAAAGGCAGUGAUAGCCCUACCGGAUUUUGCGUUAACUUCAAGAGAAUUGCUCAACUGCUUCAAAGACACAGGUUUCAAAUAUCUUUUUUGCCCGGUGAAGCGAAAGUAUUUGGAUCUGAUAAUCUAUAUUACCGCCAUUGGAGGAGUCAAAGGUGCAGAUAACACAUUCGUUGGUCUCUUCUACACUAACAGCGUGUUCUGCCAUCUGUGCUACUACCAAACCAACCGAGUACCUCCAAACUUUAUUGUUGAACCUCCAAGAUUGUGCCGUAACUCUGAACUCAAGCGUGGAGACUUCUAUGACUGCAUUGAUCCACCUCGAAAAUAUCUGACUGUUCCAGCCUUCGCAGCCGUACAAGUACCCAAAUAA